ACAUUUCAUAUUUUCGAAUGUCAAAACAUCAUGUCAGUUUUUCCUCGGAAAUUUUAUAUUGAUGUAAAACGUAAAAUACAAUCUCCAGCGGUCUUUUGAUUGCAAACAUAUACAAGUGCACUCUAAUUGAUUAAAUAUAUAUUCAGAAUUCGACUGUUUGCAAGUUUGAGUGCUCAAACCGAUCGAAAUGGCUUGUGCUCCUUGUGGCGAUGCUCCACCAUGUCUUCCGGUGAUAGCCGACACUAUGCCGAAGACAGUGGUCAACCCAUGUCAACCUCAUCAAUGUAACGGUCCAGAUUGUUGUAACGUAUGUGUGCCUAUGGUUACUCCAGCUGUAGCUGUUCUUCCGGCUCCGCGGAAGACAUGCAAAUACAUUCAACCACCAAGACCAAAGUCAUAUGCACCUGAAAGGACUUACAUAGCUCCAAUAGCAAGAAUGGAGGAUAACACCAUAUAUAGAAAGUCCUAUCUACCGAACGAAGGAUGCAGACCUUGCGCUAUUAUGCCUGAGAAUAAUUUAUGCGUUGGGGAAGGAAAGAUAUCCGACAAUACAGUGCAUAAGAUGUCUUUUUUGCCACACUGUCAGAAACCUCCUACUCCAAUUAUACCGUGUUCUCACAAGCUCCUUGGCGAGGGGCCGAUGCAGGAUUUGACCACUCAGAAGCAUGAUUACGUUCCCAAACCAUUUUCGAAACCUUGUUUGAUUAUACCUCCCUUAAGCUUGUAUGGAAGCGACUGUCCCUUGAGUGACAAAACUGUUAAUCGUUUAUCCUACAUGCCAGUCGAUCCAUGUAAGGUUAAAGUUUCGCCUAUAUAUCCCAUCGAUGGUCUGGAGAAACCGAACGGAAGAAUGAGCGACAAAACUGUCCAUAGCAUGUCCUUCCAAGCAUGGCAGCCAUCGGAACCCAUUCCGACUCCAUGGGCGCUGAAGGCUCCGUACCAACCACCAGUCCAGAGAAUGGAAGAUAAUACCGUGAACCGUAUGAGUUACGUUCCCCCAGGACAGUACGUGGAAUGUGCUCCAGACGAUCCCGAUUGCGUGGAGUGUCCAGAUCCGUGCAACGAGCAGGAUCCGAACCACUUCAGGAAAAAUCCUAGCUGUAGAGCGGCGUGCUGUUGUCCUAGAGCGGCAUGCUAGACUUGUACUCAAUUUUUAUAAUGGCUGGGGAGUGGUAUUCCGUUUUACUAGUUCUUUCUACACUGUCAUAUUUGUAGAAAUUGUCGAAUUGUUUUUGGAUGACGAUUUUUUCUAUGAAUACAUAUACCGAUAAUAUGA